AGCUUCGAGACACCCUACUUCCCACGCCGGUGCUGCGGCGCUGGCUGGUGUAGCUCGGUGGUGGUCUAGUCAUGCCGGUGUAACCGCUUGUGUGUCGGGAGUCUACCCUCUUCCAUCGUAGGCAGAGCCCGCCACCUUGCGUUCCGCGAUCUACUCACACUCGGUGCUUCGACCCCUCUAUCGCUGUGUCCUCCGGUGCUCCCACCUCGGCGGCAACGCUCCCUCCCGCGUGCGCGUCGCCCGACCCUCGGAAAUUCUGAAAGCGGUUCGCGCCUGUGCAACGUGGGGGUGGCAAGGGACCGAAAAUCGAGGUGAAAGGAAACUCCGCGGAUCCGGCCUAAGGGUCUCUCCUAGGGCUGAUGCGUGUCGGCCGUGCCCCCUCGCGUGUGCGUCCUACGAGCGCGAAAAAUUGAUACACGCGCGCGCGUACACACAGCUACAUAUACACACACGUAUACAUAUACAUGCACACACAUACACACGCGGGUUACAUACACGCGCGGAUACGCGCGUAGAUCCUCGCCAAGUGCCGCCGAUAUUUUCACUGCCUCGGGCGAUCGCCCACCUUUUAUUCGCUGCAUCCCUCGGUUAUCACGGCCCCCUCGCCGAUCCCAAGGAAGCAAGAGCAUCCGCGACGCGCGAAUCGGCAACCGGGACCGCGUUUCCGCGUCGGAGUACGCGACGCUGUGGUGACGUUCGAUCGCGCGGCUACUUCCUCGAGUGACAUACUUUCGACUCGCGAGGGAAGAGAAACUCUCCUCGGCGGGCUGCUUGCCGCAGGAGGUGGCGGACUGUGCGGGAUAGUGUGAUUAACCUCGAGUGCACGUCAACAACCUGCGAGAACGCAGGUGGGAGUUUGCAGUGUGACAUGUCAGUGUGUCGUCGGGCGUAGUGACCGUUCGCAUCGAGUUUCAUCGUCAGUGCGAACCCGCGGUUCCGAUCGUACGUUGUCACCUCCGUCGUACGUCGCGUUAAUCGACGGAUCGCGUUCAAGUGCGGGCUGACUGGCUGCUGAGAGUGAUCUUAUUUGCCGCCGUGUGGUUCGUGCGAGCUACUACGAUCAUAGACCCGGAGGAUCCGAGGGGGAUCAUGUGUCCCCAAUUGCAGCCCUCCUUUGAGGGUUGAGUCGCCGAUUCGGUGUCGCGCGCGCGAUCGGCCGACACGCGUGUGUUGUGUCAAGCUCGUCGUACGCCCGAAGGCAACCCUUGCCGUCACGCGAGAAGGUGAUCUCGCGGAGGGCCAACCGUGUACCACAUUCCCGCGCUGCAAGAGGACUUGGAACCUCGCGAGGAUGCGGGACCGGCUCUCGUGGUACAUGGUCUUCCUGAUCCUGCCGACGAUCCUAUUAGCCAGGUCGCUCGAUAAAGAUCGACGCGUGCCCUACAAUAUACCGUCGGACUGGCGGGCCCUCUGGUUCAGCAAUCUCGACGAGCUGCAAAGAGUGAACGAUGCGAACGACAACAACACAGUCUCGAACGUCACGGUGCAAUUGGGCGGCACCGCUUUUCUUCACUGCAAAGUUCGCAAUUUGGCGGAGAGGACCGUUUCCGAUGCCGAGAUAUCGUGGAUCCGGCGACGUGAUUUUCACGUCCUAACAAGCUCUAUGUUCACAUACACGAACGACGAGCGAUUUCAAGUGCUGCAUCCCGAGGGCUCGGACGAUUGGACUCUUCAAAUAAAAUACGUCCAAGAGAGAGACAACGGGACGUACGAGUGUCAGGUCUCGAGAAAUACAGGGAUACUGUCACACUUCGUCAAUCUAAAUAUAGUGAUACCAGAGGCGUUUAUAUUAGGGAGCGACGAGCAUCACGUCGACGUAGGAUCUAUCAUAAACCUCGUAUGCAUAAUAGAGAAGAGUCCGACGCCGCCGCAAUACGUGUUCUGGUAUCACAAUAACCGGAUGAUAAACUACGACACCACGCGCGGCAGCGUGAUCGUACAAACUGAUCCAGGACCAACUCAGAGUCGGCUGACAAUUCGCCAGGCGGUGGAGUCCGACACGGGCAAUUACACGUGCAGCGCCUCCAACACCAAGCCGGCAUCGAUCUUCGUCUUCGUCACCGAAGGUGACAAGAUGGCAGCGAUACAGCGUCGCAAGACGUCGGCAGCGAAGAGGAAUCUGGCGAGCGUGCUGGUGUCGGCGGUAGUCGUCGUAGCGGGCGUCGUUUUAGCGCGAUAAGCGUUUCACUUCGAGAAAUGUCCAUAACUAUUACACCAUUACUUCCGUUUGUGAUAGAUAGUAUAUUACUCCCGGGACUUUACGGUCCACACUCGCCCGCCCCCGCCCUCCUUUUUCAUCCCCCUGCUCCUUUCACCCCCGCCCCCACGUCGGCCCUUUCCGCGCCUCAUUCCCUGCGGGUCUUCUCUUACUCCUCUCCUCGCGUCCCUCGUCUUCCGUUUCAUCUUCUAUCUUCCUGACCUCCCUUAUUCCUUAUUUACCUUAGUCGAGGUUGCCGCCGGCUGGACUACUUAGAUAUGCGAGAUUUUCGUGGAAGAUUGCGCGAUUGCCUGCUCUAAGUCAUUACGCGCGACGCGCAUGCGACUCGAAUUAUGUAAAUACUCGCCGGUAAUCGUAAUCUCCCGGGUUGAAUACGCCACCACGGCGGAUUACGUAGGCCAUGCCUGUCCAACUUCCGGGCGGCGACGGAUGUGCGUUCGUUCAUUCGUCCGUUCAUUCGUUCGUUUGUUCCCGCGGAAUCGAUCGGCUGGAAAAUUCGACCGGUCGGUUGGCACACGAUCAGAAGAUAACGACCAACGUUCUCAUCCGCGAGGGAAAUAUCAACUCUAACGUGUCAAAAUAAUCACUCUGAGAGGGACGCAGAGGGCACGAUCGCGCACGAGUUUCGUGUGAUCACACUGCGAUCGGAUGAGCUGAUUUUCUCGUCGAACGGUCUCGAUUUAAUCCUAACGCGGUUAUUCUUGCUCGCUCUCUGUCUCUCUCUCUCUCUCUCUCUCUCUC